AUGUGGUCCCUACUUUACCUAUGGUCACCUUUUUACAAUUACUUUUUUCGCCAUCAGGUCGAGUACCGCUAUAGCCUGCUCGUCUGCUCCCCUAUUCCGUCACCAUCGGAACUUUGGGUCACAUCCGAUGGGGUCCUUGUGGCAAAGUCUGCAGCUAACUCUACGACUUCUGGUAUAGGAAUUUUGCCCCCAACUUCUUCCUCUUCUCCUCCACCAUCAUCAGCAGGGAGCCUGGACCCGGUUCUUUUGGCUGCAAUGCAAGCCCAAACAGCUUGCGCACCUAACGGCCUCUUUUUAAGAGUCACACACUUUGUUCAGCUCGAUGGAGAGAGUGUAUGGACCAAGAAUCCUGCCAUAUCGGUAGGUCCGAUCUAA